CCACCUUCCCAGUGCGCGAAGCAGUCUGCCACAACACAUUUCUGCUAGCAUGGCACUUGUGGAUCAUCUCUGGCUCGCCGGCCAACUUCACCAGCUGACAUUCCAGCCGUUUGGUACCUAUGGUAUAUCGUACGACAUCUACACUCGACCGACGGAAGACCCUGUCCCGGGGGGCUGGGAAUCACCUCGUGUCAAGACUUAUCGAGAGCUGAUUAAGAGGCUACGGGCUGCUGGCUUCGGUCACCACCAGUACUCGGAUCACUGUCAUACGGAGGUAGCCGCCCUUGAGGCGUAUCAAGUCAUGAUUGACCUUACGCACAUCCGACCCAAUAACAAGCUGUCGACCACGGUGAAAGGCUUGAAGCUGCAUUACAUACAUGACAUGAACCUCAUGGAUGUGUCAAAUGAGGUUAAGUUAGGCGGCCACCUUGCGCAACGCUUGGUUGGACCUGCGCCGCGCAAUUUGGUGCACCGUUUGGUAGGAAAUGGUCAUAAUCUCUCCGCACCACUUCAACCAGUCCCUCAAGGGCACCCGGGAGUUCCGCCACUGUAUACGACACCGAGUCCCGCUGCUAUGAAUGUCGCCAAUUAUGUCAUGUAAAUGCUCUAGCUACUUGAUAGUAGACUGUAUUCGCAAUCAGAUUGAAC